AUGUCUAAGAAUUUGCACAAAAAGUCAAAGGAACACUUUAAGAAAGCACCAAAAAAGGCACUCAAUGAUAGACAACAGCUCGAAGGCUCUAAGUUCCGCAUGUUAAAUGAGAAAUUAUAUACAUGCACAAGUACAGAAGCAAAAGAAUUCUUCGACAAGCAGCCACAGUAUUUCAACACCAUGCACGACGGAUUCCAAAUACAGGCUAAAACAUGGCCCAUUGUACCGGUUGAUGCUGUUAUUGAUUGGAUCAAAAAUUCAAUUCCAAAAACAGCUGUCAUUGCAGAUAUGGGAUGUGGAGAUGCUAAAAUUGCUGCAACAGUACCUAAUACAGUUCAUUCAUUUGAUUUUAAAGCCAGAAACUCCAGAGUUACUCAAUGUGACAUGAGCCACACUCCUUUGGAGGAUAAAUCAGUCGAUGUUGUUGUAUUUGUACUAUCAUUGAUGGGAACAAAUGUUUCAGAUUUCAUUAGAGAAGCAAAUAGAAUACUUAAGCCAAAUGGCAAAUUAUUAGUUGUAGAAGUUACUUCAAGAAUAGAAAAUGCUGACAAAUUCGCAAAUGGCAUCUGCGCCAUAGGAUUUGACCUUACAAAGAAGAAAGAUUUGACAACUCAUUUUACAUGGUUUGAAUUCAAGAAAGGAGCACCUAAAAAUGUAUCAGGUGAUCUAACUCUUGCUCCAUGCAUUUAUAAAAGAAGAUAG